AUGACGACCACACUUCCACGCCCCUCCCGCCCCUCAAACGGGCCACCGACCAUCGCACUUCCUGCACUCCCUGUCUCUAAGACUCGCAAGAGCACCGGAGCCCUUCCGUCCCCUACCAACAAGUCUGCCCCCAACACACCUAGGAGCGGCCUUAGGGCCCCCUCGACCACCUUCGCUCCUCCUCCGUCCCCGGCCCCAACAUCCGCCUUGCCUCAGCCUCGAGCGGUCUCUACCAUCGGCACCCCGGCCAGGACCCUUCGAAAAACCGUCAGCAUUAAUUCAUUUCCGCAACCACCACGGAACGAGACCCGCAUUAACAGUCUGCCGCCGAGCCCACUAGGCCUCGACGCCUCCCGCAACUCGGCGCGCAAGCCGAAAAACCCCACCACACCUUCGUACCUGCAUCUAAGCAAUAGCACCCCGAGUCUCCUCAACAACAGUGGGGAGGGCAAGUCAAUAUCUAGCGCUAGCGUGCGCAUGUCAGAUGGCCUGUUCAGCGUCUCCUCGCCUCCUCAAAGCCGCAGCUCCUCGGCCCAGGAUUCUUAUUCCACCUCCGCCACCACCUACGACGAUUUGGCCGACGGAGCGGCAUCCAGACACGCGGGCGACUCGAGCGAAAAGAGGUCAUCGAAGACGGACGGAAAGGGCAACGUCCUUGUCAGUGUGAGGGUUCGGCCAGACGCAGGAGGCAAUGAAAAUAACAAAACCGAAGGAGAAUGGAUGGUGGAUGGCCGGAGGGCACUCAUAUCAUGCCGUGGCAAGGAGGGCGGCGACUAUCACUAUGAUAACGUCUUCUCAACGCACGACGACAACGGCAAAGUGUACGAUCAUAUCGCGAAGCGGCUUGUUCGCCGCGUCAUGGAAGGUUACCAUGGCACAGUAUUCGCCUACGGAAUGACUGGCACCGGCAAGACCUUCUCCAUGCAAGGCACGGCCACUUCUCCUGGCGUCAUCCCCCUUGCUAUCACCGACAUCUUCUCCUAUAUUAGGGAGACCCCGUCCAGGGAAUUUCUGCUACGCGUCAGUUAUCUUGAGAUCUAUAAUGAGAGGAUCCACGACCUCCUCAGCAUGUCCACAGGCGGCGGUAUCGGCAGUAACGCAGGGCAGGAUGAGAUCAAGCUGCGCGAAGACGCCAAGCGGGGCGUCUACGCCACGCCACUCAAGGAGGAAAUUGUGCAAAGCCCUACCCAACUUCUCCGAGUAAUCGCUCGCGGUGACCAAGCUCGCAGGACUGCGAGCACCCAGUUCAAUUCGCGGAGCUCGCGAAGUCAUGCCGUCGUCCAAAUCGUCGUGGAGAGCCGAGAGCGCGUGCCGGGAAAUACAGGGGGCGAGAGCAAGCGAUCCGGCAUGCUCCCCGGCGGUGUCCGUGUGUCAACGCUGAGUCUGAUCGAUCUGGCUGGCUCGGAAAAAGCCGCCGAGUCGAAGGAACGCCGAACCGAGGGCUCGCAUAUCAACAAGAGUCUACUGACGCUAGGGACUGUCAUCUCCAAGCUGUCCGACCAUAAAGACAAGGAUGGCAAAUCUGAUGGGAAAGAGGGAAAGCAUUUACCCUACCGAGACAGCAAAUUGACGCGGCUACUGCAGGGCGCGCUAUCCGGCAAUUCCCUGGUUAGCAUUCUGUGUACGAUACAGAUCGGCUCGGCCGGAAGCGCCGCCGCCGCUAACAGCCACACCACGGAGACAAUCAACACCCUCAAAUUCGCGUCAAGGGCGAAGAACAACAUCGUCAGCCAUGCCAAGAAAGCCGAGGAAGCGUUGGGCAGUGGCGGCGACGGCGGCGCAAGGGUGUUGUUGGAACGUUACCGUAUGGAGAUCCUCGAGCUGCGGCAACAACUAGAGCUGCAGGCCAAGGCGAAGAAGGAUCGGAAGGCUCUAGAAGAAGAGGAGAAGGUCGCUGAGGAAGAGAAGGCCAGAGAGCUGGAGGCCGAGUAUCGGCACGAGGAGCAGAUGCUCGAGAUGCAGCUGGCACGUACGGCACUCAAGGAGCGCAUCGACCAUUUGAACCGCCUCAUUCUAAGCUCCAAGUCGAUCGGCGUGAACAGUGGUUCCUUCAGUUCGCUGGGUGUCCGGGCUUCCAUGUUAUCAACGCGGUCCUCGGUGGCCACUCCGACGAGCGGCCGACCAACGAUUGAGAGGUCGUCAUCCUUAACUUCGGCAUCGUCGACGGUCGGUCGCCGCUCCAGCGGCGGCGGCCAGAGGCUUUCCGGCGGAGAAACGGGGCCAGAGGACGACGAUAGUGUGGGCGAGUUUGGGGAUAGCGUAGCGUCGCUCGCCGCUCAGAACCGAGCUCUGCAGGCCGACCUCGCCGACAAGAACCGAUACAUUCAGACUCUCGAGAAACGACUAGUACAGGCGCGGAGGGCCAGCUCUUCCCGAGCGUCUACUGGCUUCUCCGCCACGAGUAAGGGCAUUCUCGUUGGAGAAGACCACAGCGUGGCGGCGCUGCUCAAGGACAAGGAUGCCGAGAUCAUAGACCUUCGAGCACGGCUGGACGACAAAGACCGGAUACUCGCGGCGCUACGCACCGCAGCCAGAUCCCGAGACGUCGCCGAGGGCACCACGGACGGGAGGACUUCACAGCUCCUCGACAACAUGCCACAACCGCCGCUCAGCCCGCCCGCGACGGUGACACCUGGUACGGGAGCGUUGGACACCCGCAAACGACGGAAGAGCGUGGAUGAAAUGAGUAAGAUGCUGGAGGAGAUGAUUCAUGAGCGGGUCGAGAACGGCCAGAUUAUUCGCGGUACCCGAGGGAGUGUCCGGGUCGCAGAUCAUCGUAGGCUCGAGUCUCUGCCCGAGCCUGCUGCGGAACUAGAGCCGCUCGCAUAA